AUGAAAGACAAGCGCACAGCAAGAAGAGUUGUCUCGGGACUCGCUUCGGCCAAACCAUGGUGGAAAACCACACACCUCAUCCACCUAAACAGCCUAAUAGCAAGCCUAAUCCUCUUCUCCAGCACAUUCGGCUACGACAUCUCCCUAAUGAACAGCCUGCAAUCCCUGCCCCAAUGGCAAACGUUCAUGAGCAACCCAAAAGGAAUAAAACUCGGCUUCAUAAACGCCCUCCAAAGCAUAGGCAGCAUACUCUUCCUACCCAUGCAAGCAUGGUCCGCCAACCGCUUCGGCCGCAAACCCACAAUCCUAGCGGGGUACAUCUUCAUCGUCCUUGGCGUGGGACUCCAAGCCGCCGCCCCAAACACAAAUACAUUCAUCUACUCCCGCCUACUGGUAGGUAUCGCCAGCGCCUGGUUCCAGUGCGCCGUGAUCCUCGUCACGGAAAUCGCGUAUCCACCGCAUCGCUCGCUCGUCACUGCCAUCUACAUGUGCCAGUACUAUGUCGGGUCCUCGCUGUCCGCGUGGGUUUCCUUCGGGACGAGGAAUAUGCAGAGUACCUGGGCGUGGCGCCUGCCUGUGCUUAUGCAGAUUGCAUUGCCGCUUCUUGCCUUGCCUGGGACGUUAUAUGUGCCAGAAUCGCCGCGUUGGCUGACUAGGUGUGGGCGGGUUGAGGAGGCAAAGCGUAUUCUGGUUAGAUUUCAUGCUGGUGGGGAUGAGGGUUCGCAGUUGGUGGCUUCUGAGAUGGAGGAUAUUAGCCGGGGGCUGGCGGCGGAGCAGAAGGCUCGACGGGAGGCGCGCUGGAUUGAUUGUGUUAAGACUCGUGGGAAUCGGUAUCGGCUUUUCUUGAGUGUUUCUUUGGGUAUCUUUGCUCAGUGGAAUGGAGGUGGUGUGGUGUCAUACUACCUAGCCCUUAUCCUCGAUACAAUCGGUGUAACCUCGUCAACAGACCAGACACUCAUAAACGGAUUCCUCCAGCUCUGGAACCUGAUUAUGAGCAUGGUGGGCGCGUGUCUUGUCGACCAUGCUGGUCGCCGUCCGCUCUUCAUCACAUCGACUGUGAUCAUGCUGAUCAGCUACAUCUUCAUUACUGCGCUAUCGGGAAGCUUCACGACGACGGGGACCAGCUCCGUCGGAACAGCUGUGAUCCCGUUCUUGUUUAUCUACUAUGCGGGCUACGACAUCGCUUUCACUCCGCUGCUCCUGGCGUACCCGGCGGAGAUCUGGACGACCUCGCUGCGUGCUAAGGGUGUUGCUAUAUCCACGAUCUCGAAUUAUGUAGCCCUGAUUUUUAAUCAGCUUAUUAACCCUAUUGCGUUUGAAAGAAUUUCUUGGAAAUAUUAUUUUGUGUUUUUGGUCGUGCUGCUUGUUGUCUUGGUUGUUGUUUGGAAGACCUACCCCGAGACUAGGGGGAGGUCGCUUGAAGACAUUGCUUUUAUUUUUGAUGGGGAGGAGGCGCGUGUUACUGCUGGUGAUGCUAUGGAGAAAAGGCAUGAGGGAAAAUUUGAACAUCGAGAGGAGUGA